ACAUGAUCUUUAAGGUAUCUGUGUUUGUGGCGCUCUCAGUCGCCGUCACAGCCCGCCCCGACACUCCUUCCUACUCUCCUCCAGCUCACCCAGCCCCUUCGUACUCGCCUCCCAGCCCAUCAUACAGUGCGCCCGUCUACGCAGACGUUCCACCCCAAUACAAUGCGCAGUAUAACGUAAAUGAUGAGUAUUCAGGCAACAACUAUGGACAUCAAGAGGACCGCGAUGGUUACAACACUCAGGGAACAUACUACGUGCAGCUCCCCGACGGUCGUCUGCAGAAGGUGACUUACUACGUUGAUGGCGAGUCCGGCUUUGUUGCUGAGGUCACCUACGAAGGGGAAGCACAGUAUCCAGCUUACGAACCAUCUACUUCAUACCAACCCGCCCCAGCUUACCAACCUCCAUCAUCUCCAUCUUACGCCUAAAGUAUUUCAAGCCUUAUUUAUUGUAGGAAAUAUAUCAUGCAACGACAAAAGUAUUUUAUUUGAUGACUCAAAGCAGUUAAUCUCUUCUGAGUUGACUGAAAGAGCUUCCAAAUUCAAAAUUAUCCCUCAAAAUACAACAAAUAGAAUAUAAUGACAAUAUGAGCAAACUUGUGCACAAAUACCAAAGACGUUCACAUUUCGUACUGUCAAUUAACAGCACGAGAAUAUGAAGAAAUAGGUACCUCUGCUUUUCCAUUUCCCAUAAUUUAUAGAUGUGUAUAAGCUCGCUGUGUAUGAAAACAUAUACAUGUUUUUGUGAAUUUCUGUAACAUGGUGUUUUGAUGAUUGGAUGCUUUUGGAUUGCCAGUCACGACCUUA